AUGCCAUUUAGAGAAUUUUCAAAUGCAAUUGUUUGACUUUGUCAAACUUGUUACUUUGAGAUGUAAGUAUAAUGUGUACAUAAGAAUGUAAAUCCCUUCGACUGUCUUUUAACGCACAAAUAAACUUCUGCUAUACAUGAGUAUUUAGGUUUAUUUUGCCCUCGUUACAUUGAAUUCCCUCAUUUUCUUAGGAUCCGUGUGGCAGUAAAAAUCUAUUCUACAGUGCAAAGACAAAUGCAGUAACUGCAUAUUUUUGUCGAAAUUGAGUUCCAACUGAAAUUGGGUCUCUUGCAAUAUGAUCUGUCUUGUGAUCUGACUGAUGGGUUUGGCUUAAUUAUGUUGAGAUUGAAAGAAAACAGGGAAAAUUGCUGUAUCCAGAUCCACCAAGCCAUUUUUUUACAGCGCUGGUGUAGUCACUGUCGUUUGCCUAUGAGAGGCAGUAAUGCAUCUUAUUGUUAAGAUACCUGCUUAGACAUACUUUAAGCAUUGGUCACUUUUUAAGAUAAUUAAUUUCAUAAAAUUCCAUUGAAUUGACUUGUGUAAUAUUAAAAGCUUAUUAUACUAUAAUUUUAGGCUAUAAUCAGUGUUUUUGCAACAAGUGUUUUCACUGUAAGAACUGAUUCACAAAAGAAACUAUGUAGAAAAAUAAAAUAUAUGAGUAGUUGACAAUGAACAAUUUUCAAUUCAAAGUGUUAGGUUUCAAUUUAUGCAAAGUAUAAAUGAGCAUAUUUUAGGAGCUGCAAAUGUUCAUUGUUUCUUAAUAUUCCCUAUUUUAUAUGUUUUCACAAUUUUUAAUCACCGGUUGUCAUUUUUGCAAACAAAUUACCACAUUUAACAACAACAACAACAACAACAAAAAAGUGAUAAAAGUUAGCAUCACUUUUCAUAGCAGAAAAUAGAUUUUUGUUGCAGUAUUUUAAAUGCAGCCUGCACACAUUUUUCCAUACUUAAAAACACUGCAACAACAGGCCUACCUAAAAGGUCUAAAAUUGUCACAUUUAAAUUAGCCUAUUAAAUAUUGUUUUCCUAUUUAGUAAGGUUGUCAUAUCACAAAAAACGUGAAACUAAUGUAAAAAGGCAAAAGUUAACAUUUACCGAAUGUUUCUGUGUCAUUCUGCUUUCUUAAGACUACAAAUAAAUCUUCAUUGAAUUGAAACUGUUUCUCUUCAAGUUUGGACAUGUAACAUUACUACUUGAGUAGUGGGUAGAAAAAAAAAUUAAUAGUCAAUACAAAAUAAAUAUUUUUAAGAUAAUAUUUUCACAUCAUUUCACUUUUGUUGGCUUUAGUGCAAUGACAACAUAAAAGGCAAUUAUUUCAUUUUGUAAACAACAUGUCUUUAUAAUAUCACUUUCUAUUUUUCCCACACAGUACAAAUGGUCACAAGAGAAAGAAUUAAUUUGCAGCUCUGUAUAAUUGUUUGUGGUUUUUAAUGUAAACAUCCUCGUUUUUAUUUACACUAAUUUUAAGAAUAUCUUCUUUUUUUGUCAUUGGAAGUACAAGCCUAUCUAAAGAAAAAAGAAAAAAAAAAGGCAUAAUCCACAACACUUUCUAUUUAAAAUUGCUGUUAAAUGGCAUUUCAGCGACAUUUAACAUGCAGGUAAAACGAUUAUAAAAUUCAUGAAACACUACAAUACACAAAACAUACAUAUAUCAUAAAUCAAUUGUAUAUUAGCUACAACCUAUAAAACACAUGGACAAGAACAUGACUUGUUUGCACAAUUUGUAAAAAUGAGAUGCAACAUCCAACCACUAUCCAGCUUUUUCCUGAACGCGGAAGUGUUCCACGAUUCGACUGUUUUCAGUUUCCGGUCUCCAGUGUUUUCGCUCGCAUCGGCGUAUAUUCUAAGCGGAUAACUGCAGAGGCUCGCAGCAGACUGAUCAGCUGGCUCAUAGCUGUACACAGACAGCUCAAAUUGUCCUUUGAAUCAUGCUGUUUGGCCGUGAAUAUCAUGGACCGUUUUUUGAUCUCAACCUCAGUAGCUGCAGACUGUUUCCAGUUACUGGGAGUGACAUCUUUGCUGAUCGCAACAAAACAAGUUGAAGUGUGUUCACCUCGCAUCAAGGAACUCCUCUCACUUUGCUGCAACUCAUUUUCCAGAGAACAACUAUGCAAUCUCGAAUGCCUAAUUCUUCUCAGACUCAAUUUUAGACUAGUUGCACCUACCCUCGCUUUCUUUCUGGACUAUUUCACCAGUCAUGGUGUUCCUGGUGAUCAAACUAGUGGACACUUGGGAAAGACCAUCCCUACACAGGAUCGAAAUAUAUAUAAUGAGCACAUACAUGCUGUAGACCAACAUUCCAGUGAAAAGAAGUUAAAGUGGUUGGCUUGCAAAGUCUGUGAACUGAGUUUGGCAGACUACACGUUUAACAAGUAUAUACCUUCUGUGAUUGUGCAGUGUGCUAUGAAAUUGGCAAAAGAUCUGCUGACACCUUCAGUUCAAUCUACGGCCAACAUAAGCUCAAAGACAUUUGAUUCAUUCUGUUUUGGAGAAAACCUGCUACUUACCUCUGAGAAUCAGGUUUUAUUUCAACAGUGCACUGAAGAUCUGAAAUUGUUAGUUUCUCUUAAUCAAGAUGCAGUCCAAGACUUCAUACCACUAUAAACAAUGUUUAUUCAUUCUGUAAAAUGGUCACAUUGAACAUUUGCUGUACAUUAUAUUAUUCUUAAGUCAUUUGUACUGUUACUAAUAUACUGUAGUAAGGGAAUGUUUAUUAUUCUGAAUGUAUUGUCAUUCUUUAAUAGUGCAUUUAGUUUGACCUCAUAUUUAUCCUGAUGUUAGUAGGCCUACCUCUAAACUCAAUUCUUUAUAGCUAAAAGGGUGAUUCUUACAAAAUUGUCCUAAAAAAUGUCCUGAUCCUAUUUUACUCCAAAAUCAAAAUACAUUUAACAGCAUAUUAAAAUGUACAUUUUAAAUCAGAAAAUCAUAGUGCAACAGCAUCUUUUAAUGUUUUUACUGUGUUAAUAUGGUGACGAGAAUCAUCGUUUAAAACAAUGGGAAUAGUAAAAGUAAUUGGGGGUCCAUAAAAAAAAAAAAAUGACACAAUGUAAAAAAUCUUAAUGGUCCUAAAUGCAGGCUUCAUUUUCUUUCUUUUCUUUUCUUUUUUUUCUUUUUUCGUUGGGGUAAAUAGGACAUUUUCUUUUUCAGAUUUUUUGAGAAUCACCCCAAAAGCUGAAUUAAAAGGUGAGUUUACAUUAUACAUUAACCGUUUGAAGGCACUAAAGCAGUAUUUGUUUCAUGAAUUAUUUAUUUAAGAAUAAGUUAAUAUGUGUUUAUAUAUAAUCAAAAUGUAGUUUUCUUACCAUGUCUGUUUGUCACUAUAAAAUGAAAACUGCAAUUCAUGAAAAUGGCAAAUCAAAGUUACUGUGUGCUUUGAUUCUCUGGGAACAGGACAAAAAUGUGCCUGGUAAGCUUUGAUGUUGUUGAUGCAUUUGGAAAAUAAAUGAAGUUCUU